AUGGCGACACCUGACUACACUAAGUUGGUCCCACGGGCCGAAGAUUUCGAAGACCAGGAUUUAUGGGCCGAGUUGACUCAGUUGGCUAAGGAUGCUCGCUUAGACCGGAUUAAGCAGACCUUAUCGAAUUUCCGUCGCAAGAGAACUCUGGCUCAUAAUGUUGUUAAGGAUACUCGUCGUCAGAUCGCCGAGGAGCACCUUGAGGGUGUUGAGGGAGCGGAGCGCCAUCAGACCCUUACAUAUCAGACAGCCGUCUGGACCGAUGCGAAUAAGGCCUGUCGAGCCCUCGAGAAGAUAGAGGAGGCGGUGGAGUAUGCUACAGUAUUCGACGUGUUACCGGGGACGGUGGGGAGCGAUGACGAAGGGUGGGUAACGACCAGCUCGAACCCGCCCGCAACUCCACCAGCUCUGCGUCCUGUGGAACAUCGAGGAGAGGACAAGGCUAAAGAGGAAGGUGGAAUCAUGCAUGCGACCCCACCGUUGGCCCCUGAGGUGUCUACCAGUAAGGCAAUCACCGCGCAGACUAUUACUAAGAUUGACUUACCCAAGCUCAAGGACAAGUUCUCCUUGGAACAUCAUCUCCGAUUAUGUGAGAGAAUGUUAGAAGAAGCGGAGGUGGGGCGCAGGAUAGGUGACGACUUCUUCCCGGUAUCACGCUUGCAGUUGAAUGUUGUUAUGAAGAUUUUGGGGACCCUUGGGCAGCAUAAAGAUAUCUUCGACCUGGCCUCUGAUACAGCCGAGCAGUAUGAUCAUGCGUGGGGUCCCGUUAAGAAGGUUUUGCUGGACACUCAUGCAAAGCGCGAGACCCUCAUCGAGGAGUACCGUAGCAGCAUUCUUCAUCUGAAGUACUCCGAUGUCGACAAGUUCUGUGCUGAGGCAAGGAAGCUCCACUCGAGGAUGAUUAGGCUUUUUGGGCCGCAGAAUAGUUAUGAGAAGCGGGGGUUUAUCGAAAGCCUAGUCAGCCGGUUACCGACACAGAGAGCGGCGUCUUUGAUCUCCGAAGUUCAUCGUGUUGCUAACCUCGGUGCCUACUCACCGGACUGGCCUAUCGCGGUCAGCUUCGAUGGUUCGGAUCAAUCCUUACUGAGCAUUCUCAAUCGCCUGGAAAGACAGGAAGGAGCGGUUCGAACCUUGAAAGUUGUCAGCAAGGUGGAUGCUGCUAGAAUGGUUGAAGCCGAGGAGUACGAGUUGAAGGUGGCAGGGCUGGCCGAGAAACAGACCGGUGGAUUGAAGCAUGAGGUAGGUGGACAGAGACCACCAAAUUCUGCGAAGACCUGGAGCUCGCAGUAUCCAGAAGAGUCUCUUAUUAAGGUGUACGAGUGUUGGGGUGACAUGCUUAAGGCCAAGGUCCCGGAAAUGAUCGGUUCUUUUGCGCUGAAGACUCGGUUUCGGCGUAAUCCCAUUUUCAGGAUCGUUGCCUUGAAGCAAGGAAUCGGCCGUGAUGAUGUGAUCUCUCGCUUGAAGAGUGAAGGAAUCCGUGCCGAAGUGUUUACCCCUUUUCAGUAA